AGCAAUGGCCGCACUCGCGGCAUCCAUCCCCAGUCCCCAUUCCUCCCCUUCUCUCCCACUCAAGCAACGUCUCUCCGCCAUUAGCGCCACCACCAAGCUCGCCAUUCCACCCCCCUCCUCCUCCUCUUCGUUCCCAUCCAAGCAAGUAUGGAGAAACCCGAACCUUUCCCGCCACCAGCACCACCGAUACAUCGAUCGCAGCAUCAACAUGGACGAACUCCUGUCCCUCCUCAGCCGCACCACUACCGCCGAGGAGCUCCACGCUGUGAUGUCCCCCUACGCCGGCGGUGGCCGAACCCCUCUUCUCUCCCUCCGCUUCAUGGUCUCCUUGCUUUCACGCGAGCCUGAUUGGCGCCGCUCCGUCGCUCUCCUCGAUUGGAUGCUUGGCCCGGCCGGCUACUCCCCUUCCGUCUUCGCCUACAAUGUCGCACUUCGCAACGCCCUCCGCGCCCGGCAAUGGUCUUUUGCCUCUGGCCUCGUUCUCGAGAUGCGAUCCCACCAUUCUCUCUCCCCCGAUCGCGUCACCUAUUCGACCCUCAUCUCCUACCUCGCCCGCGCCGGCCUCCUCGACGCCGCCCUCCUCUGGCUCCGUCGGAUGGACGCUGAUCGUGUCUCUCCCGACCUCGUCCUCCAUACCACCCUCAUUGAGCUUGCCCUCAAGCUCAACGACCACUCCAAGGCCGUCUCCAUCGCCUCCCGCCUCCUCGGCUCCUCCUCUCCCCUCGACCUCGUCGCCUUCAACUCCAUCAUCCACGCCUUCUCCCGCGCCGGCCUCCUCCGCGAAGCCCAGCAACUGCUUGUUGAAAUGCGCGAAAACCACCAAGUCCCCCCUGACACGGUCACCUACUCCACAAUCCUCUGCGCUCUCGUCGCCCGCGGCCGGUACCUCGAGGCGCUGUCCCUCUUCUCAGAAAUGAGAGAUCGCCGGGUGCCUCUCGAUCUCAUGACUGUCAACAUCAUGAUCGACGCUUACGGCCAGCUUGACAUGGCACGCGAGGCCGACCGGCUCUUCUGGAGCGUGCGCAAGCUCGGUCUUGAACCCAGCAUCGUCACCUACAACACCAUGCUCCGUGUCUAUGGCGACGCUGAGCUUUUUGGUGAGGCCAUUCAUCUCUUUCGUUUGAUGCAAAGAAAAGAAAUUCAGCAGAAUGUAGUUACUUACAAUACAAUGAUUAAAAUUUAUGGGAAAUCUCUGGAGCAUGAGAAAGCAGGGAAUUUGAUGCAAGAGAUGCAGCUGAAGGAGAUUCAGCCUAAUGCCAUUACCUACUCUACCAUUAUAUCCAUAUGGGCUCGAGCUGGAAAGCUCGAACGGGCAGCUAAGCUAUUCCAGAAGCUGAGGAGUUCUGGAGCAGAAAUUGACCCAGUGCUUUACCAAACAAUGAUAGUCGCUUAUGAGAGGGCAGGGCUUGUUGGACAUGCUAAGCGUUUGCUACAUGAGCUUAAACAUCCUGAGGGCAUUGCCAAGGAGACUGCUGUUGCUAUUCUUGCGAAUGCUGGCAGGGUUGAGGAGGCUACAUGGGUGUUCAGGCAAGCGGCUGAGGCUGGGGAGGUGAAGGACAUUACUGUUUUCAAGUGUAUGAUGGAUUUGUAUUCAAGGAACCGAAGGCAUGUGAAUGUCAUUGAGGUUUUUGAGAAAAUGAGAGCAGCUGGGUUCUUCCCGGACUCUGAAGUGAUUGCUGUUGUCUUGAAUGCUUAUGGGAAGCUGCAGGAGUUUGAUAAAGCUGAUGCUGUGUAUAAGGAGAUGGAGGAGGAGGGUUGUAUUUUCUCAGAUAAGGUGCAUUUCCAGAUGUUGAGUUUGUUGGGUAUGAAGCGGGAUUUCUCAAGAGUGGAAUCUCUGCUUGAAAAGCUUAGUGCUGAUCCAAACAUUGACAAGAAAGAGUUGAAUCUUGUGGCUGCCAGUGUUUAUGAAAGAGCAAAUAAAUUGGAUGAAGCAUCACGGUUCGUCAGCCAGAUAAGAAAAAGAGCUUCUUCAAAUCCCUUGGCACUGGACCUAGAGCUGUAUUCGUCUGUAUAGAAAAGGAUCAAUUCAUCUAUGUGCUUGAGAUGCUUGAAGGAGCAGCUGCCUUUUUUGCUAUUGGGUUUGAAAAAACUUCAUGCAGUCAUGAAAGAUCAGAGCUUGCAGAUGGUUUCAAUAUGAGCUCUUCAUAGACAUCAACAGCAAGUUCAUUCUCUUAAUAUAAUGGUAAUUAAGUUUAUCAUUGGACAGAAAGACUACAAUUCGGUCAAGCUACUGAGUCAUGUACUCCAACGUGACUCAGUUGGAUCAAAUAUGUCCUAUUCCCACAUUUAAUGUGUAUAUUUCUAAAUAUGUUGGUUUAUUUGGUAAAAGAAAAUAAAAUUUCCCAGGGGUUUAUCUUGUGUUAUUCAUAAAUAAAUAAAUGUAGAAUAACUAUCCAUUUCAACAUUGUUCUUUUUCUUUA